AAGGAUGUGAAACUGUCAAAUGGCGUCCACUGACGAUCCAAAUAAAGUUGCAGACACUUCUUUUAUUGAAGAGACCGAUCAUCACUACGUAAAGCAAAAUGGCAAACCAACAAAAAAGUCGAAGUUUACCGUUACCAAGGUAACAGAUUCAGAACACAAAAGAAAUGCUCCUGUCACAAGUCGAGUGUCAAUAUUUGAUACUAUUGAUGAGAAUUCAGACACCCUCCGCUCCAAUGGGACACCCAUCACACCGACAGAUACUCUCACCAGCAGCAGUAUCACCGCCUUGUUAUCCAAUAAAUGGAGGGAUUUGUCAAGAAAAAUAAAAGACUAUGGGGAAAAGACAAGAUUCAGAAAGAGAAUUGUUUCCAAAUGGGAGAGCCUGAAUUACGACACCAUUGAGAAUGAUUUACAUUGGCAAGAAAAAGACAAACCAAAUAUAAAGAAAGAAGUCACUCUCCAGUUCAUACAGCGAUGGUUGAUUGUAUUUUUCACUGGCAUUUUCACAGCAUUGCUUGCUGCCGUAGUACACAUUCUUGUUGAGAAAAUAAGUCAUGCAAAAUUCAGCUUGAUUCAGUCAUUUCUAGACAGAUGUGCAAAGGAAGGAUGUCUUUGGCAGCCAGCUCUUAUCUGGGUGGGGAUCAAUAUUGGGGUCACAGUGCUGGGGUCAGUUUUAGUGGUAUACUUACAGCCAUUGGCUGCUGGCAGUGGAAUUCCUUAUAUAAAAUCCUAUUUGAAUGGGGUAAAGAUUCCUGGUUUGCUCACACUAGAGUGUUUUGUUGCCAAAGUCGGUGGAGUUGUGUUGUCCAUUCUAGGAGGUCUUGCCUGUGGGAAGGAAGGUCCAAUGGCUCACUCAGGAAGUAUUAUAGCUGCUGCUCUGGGAAAAGGCAGAGUAAGAUUAUUAUGCAAGAAAAAAAGAGCUUCUAUUUAUUCAGGUUUCCGAGAUGAUCACGAAAUUCGAGAUUUUGUGUCUGGUGGGGCUGCAUCAGGGGUGUCAGCAGCUUUUGGGGCACCAGUGGGGGGUACCUUGUUCUCAGUGGAGGAAGCUGCAAGUUUUUGGAGUCAGUCACUGACUUGGAGAGUGUUUUUCGCAGCUAUGAUAGCAUGUUUCUUCACCAAUUUUUUGCUCAGUGCAUUUCAUGGGACUCCAAACCAGCUGUCUGCACCAGGUCUCGUCAGAUUUAAUGUCUUCCCGAAUUUAAAGUUUGAUCUGAUAGAGAUACCUGUGUUCUUGGUGAUGGCAGUUGUAGGUGGUCUUAUUGGUGCUGCUUUUGUUGUGCUCAACUACAAACUCACUGUGUUUAGAUACAGAUUUAUCAAGCUGAAAUGGUUGAAGGUAGCAGAAGCAGGUCUGGUAACUGCUGUGACAGGAUUGUUAUCUUUCAUUAUGAUAAUCAGUAUAAACUCAUGUACCAGUAAAACACCUUAUGAUUCUAGUGCCAUUGUUACUCAGAUGCAUUGUCCUGAAGGUGAACGACAUUCCUUAUCCACAAUAUUCCUGGCAACCCCUGAAGGAUGUCUCAAAGCUUUGUUACAUGAUCCAUUUGGUUCGUUUAAUGCACUUAGUCUGGUUAUCUUUGUUAUCGUUUUCUUUUUCCUCGCUGUCUGGACAUACGGCCUCAGUGUAUCAAGUGGUGUAUUUAUACCCUCUCUAGUUAUCGGCGCCACCUGGGGGCGGCUGUUUGGUAUCGCCGUCGUCAAUCUGUUUCCAGGGGAUAGAGAACACUAUGAGAUGGAGGUAGGAAAGUAUGCAUUGAUUGGUGCAGCAUCUCAGCUAGGUGGCGUGUUACGUACAACGAUAAGUUUGACUGUGAUCAUUGUAGAAUGUACCGGAGAGAUCUCGUUUGGUCUCCCCAUCAUGAUUGUGCUCAUGAUAUCUAAAUGGGUCGGGGAUUUCAUAUCUACAGGACUGUAUGAUAUGAAUAUAGAAGUUUUAGGUUUACCCCUGCUUCCCUGGGACCCACCAGCACUCUGUGAUACAAUAAAGGCUAGUGAUUUAAUGAAUGCACCAGCCCUGUGUGUGAAUAAAGUAGAAAGAGUAGGUCGUAUAGUGGAAAUUCUCAGGAAUGAAACAUUCUGUGGAUUCCCUGUGGUCAAUGCAAAAGGCAGGGACCACAGCAAGCCUUCCAAAAUACGUGGCCUCAUUUUGAGAUCUCAGCUUCUUGUUUUACUAAAACAUAAGAUUUUCAGUCCAGACAAUAUGAUGCAGCCAAAUACAGUGAGGUUGAAAGAUUUCCAAAAAUAUUACUUACAAUAUUUGAAAAUAGAGGAUGUAGAUAUUUCAGAAGAAGAGAUGGAAUACAUGAUGGAUUUAAGACCUUAUAUCACACCAAAUCCUUACACUAUAGAACCAACAUUUUCACUACCAAGAUUAUUCCGCUUGUUUCGAGGGUUGGGUCUGAGACAUCUGAUUGUAGUUAAUGACUGUAAUGAGCCAAUAGGAAUUAUCACAAGAAAAGACCUUGCAAAAUACAGAGUGGAGUCAAAACGAGGACUUGUGAAAGUUGAACAGUUAAAUAUUGAAGACAAGUAAAAAAAGAAAAAGAAAAGAAAACAAACGUGUUUGAAAACAGCUAUUCAGCAAUUCAGGUCAAUAUAUAUAAAAUUCAUGGAGAAGGCAUGGUUCUCAUUUCAGGGUAAAGACCCAUUGUCUAAUAGACUUAAUGAGGUGUGAAAUAAGAAUGAAACACAAAAAGAUGCCUCAAAUAUGACUCCUUUCUUGUUAAGCGGAUGAGUAAUUAUGUUUGAAAUGUUACCACAUUUCACUUGGUUGCUUUUUUCUUCAGGGUAAAAAUUAAUAGAGACUACAGUUUAGUUUUAUUCUAGUGCUAAACUUCAUGCUUUUUGUAGUGUUGAAAUAGAUAAAAAACACAACAGAGGUAAAUUCCCAUGAAUAAUUUGCAACUAUAAUUUAAUUACUAAACAUUGUAAUUGCAUCUUUUUUCAUAUAGAUAUGAACAUAGUUAUUUCAAUGGCUGAAAAUGUGUUAUACAUGAAAUGCUAAUUAAGGAUAAGGAUUAAUUGCUAAUAAUGUUCAGACAGUGGUGAAAAUAUUUUGUGCCCAGUCUAUGUGCCUGUUUUAACAGAUAAAAAGAUUAGAUAGGCAUACUGGUAUUCUUUUCCCAGAUCUGUUUAUUACUUCACAAAAUGUAUAUAGUUUAUUACAUGUUUUCAUUACCAGCUCAGAAAUUAUUACAAAGGUUAGUUUUUUAAUCUUAUUAAUUUAUAUGUUAAUUCAUCUUAGAACUUUGGCCAUGAAUGAAAAUAAAGUUGAAAAUGACGGACAAUAAUAGUCUCAAUGAAGUCUUCUUUUAUCAAAUAAAUGACAAUUUUUUACAGAUUGAAAUUUUGUAAUGUUAAAUUGAAAUAAUGCAAAACUAGACGAAAAGUGCUACUGAUUAUUUUUAGUUCAUCUGAAGAAAAAAAAAAGAAAUCUAAGAGGUAUUAUCAUUUGAUAGUCAGAAUUGUUGUUGAUUAAGUUUUUCUUUUAGUUUACCAUUUUCUUAAAAAUUAAGGUUUUUCUUUUACUUUACCUUUUCUUAAAAAUGAUCAGAGCUAUAGCUUUAAAUCUUUGUACAGUUGUUAAUUGUUACUAGAUGAGUUAGUAAGGCCAAGAACAACAACUCCCACUUGCACUUUUUCAGCAAUAUGGCCAACUUUGUCCGUGAAAUUGGGUUUUCUUGGUUUGAUAUUUUCUUUAGGUCCACUUUUCUUGAAAUUUUUACAAUUGUUUACAUGUAAAUGAAGAAGUAGGUCAAAACCCAGAAGUUCCUUUAGCAUUUUGACAAAAUUAUGACCCUUCUUAUCUUAGAUUAUUGUGUAUAUUUAUUUGUUUAGGUCUGUUUUUCUUGAAUACAAAAAGAGCUGUAGCAUUUAAACUAUAUACUUUUCUUUACAAUCAGUAGGCUGCUAUGAAGGUCAAGAAUUUUAAGUCUUUUCUUGCAUAUUGCCUGAUGUCAAGCACAUACGGACCAAUGUUAGCACUCGCAGGUGGUGCUUUUUACCUAGGGAGAAACAGUGACCACAUUGGUUUUUUUUAUGAAAUGAAGGAACAGAUAUAAGACAAAAAAAGCUUGCUGGCUGUAACUGAAAUUAUAUGGUAUUAAGUUUAGCAAGUUGUAGAAGAAAUUGUUCUUAAAUACCGCAGCUAGUGCUAGUUUGUAGUUUAACCUGGAGCUUUAUGCCUAUAACGUGUGCACACAUUUACAUGUCUUGAGAAUUGCUGUACAUAUUAUUUGUAAAUUUAGGAAUGCAAAUAUUUCAAUAAAAUAAUUGUUUAAACCAACUGUAAUUACAAGUUACAGCAACAGAUUAGUUAGACACAUACAUUUAUUUUGUUUUCACUUUUUAUGUGUUUACCUAAAUAUAGAAUUAUGACGUAAAAAGUAAAAAAAUAUGGAAUCUUCCGUAUUUAUUAUGCAUAAUUUAUAAUGUGAUACUGUUAAUGUUGUUUUGUUUAAUUAAGAUUAUAUUUUACUGUAUAACAAAUACCGGUAAUGCCCUUAUUAUUGUGUUAUAUUGUUCAAGUUUUGUACCAUAUCACAGUUUUAUCUUAACUAUUGUUUUGCUCUUAAAAGAUUUUAAUUCAUAUAUUUUAAUGAAACCAGUUAAGGUUUAUAUUUAAGAAAUAAUAAUUGAGCCACGCCACGAGAAAACCAACAUAGUGGCUUUGUGACCAGCAUGGAUCCAGACCAGCCUGCGCAUCCGUGCAGUCUGGUCAGGAUCCAUGCUGUUCGCUUUCAAAGCCUAUUGCAAUUAGAGAAACUGUUAGUGAACAGCAUGGAUCCUGACCAGACUGCGCAGUGGCUUUAGAAUAUAUCAAUACUUAAGAACUAAUAAGUUCUUAAGCAUGGUUUAUGGUAGAAUAACCCAUGUUUUGAGUUCUUAUGUGUAAGAAUAUAUAUUGUUUCGCAUAAGAACGAAAAACUCUGGUUAUUCUAUGAUAAAUCAGACUUGGGAACUUGUUAUUUCAAUUCUGACAUGACAUACUAGUAUCAGCUGGGUUAGAACUACUUUUUACGACAUGAACUACACUUCAUGCUAUGCACCUGGAUCAAUCUAUACAAAGAGAAUGACGUCACUACUUUGAACGCGCAUGGGUUAUCGCAAAAUAACCAUUGAUUGAUUUUUUCCUAUAUGUAUAUAGGCUUUUU